AAUUUGAUUUCGAGUAAUGCUGUAAUGACAACCUCAUCUUCUAGAGGAAUAAGCAAUUCGCCGUUUUAUCGCCAGAGACUUUCGAGCCCUUACUCCUCAACUUCCUCCUCGUCGUUGAAGAAAGGCCGCUCACUGCCGCGCUCGAACUCCACCUCGGCGAUGUCGUUAUACGGCGGUAGUUGCGGAGAAGGGUACGGCUCUAGAUCCAUGACGGCGGGUCAGGAUAGAGGAGAUUAUCCCCGCAGCCCGGCGAUGGUUCUUCCAUCUGGCCGGCGAGCCCAUGGACCAUGGAUUGUGGUUCGAGAAAGGAGGAUACCAUUUCAUGAAAGGGAAUAUCAUAGAGGAGAUGAGGUCUCUGGAGACAAAAUUGUGCGAAAUGAGUCGAUGCUUAUUAUUUUAAACGUAGAAGAUCAUACAGAAAAACGGAAUGAUGAUAUUUCCAAAGCUGGCAGUACUAUAACUGAAACAACUCAAGCGGGUGAACUUUUAGUGGAUGAGGUGACUGUCUCAAAUCAUAUGGACCUCCUUGUUGAGCAAGUGAAGAUACUUGCUGGAGAGAUUGCAUUUCGUACCAGCACAAUAAAGCGUCUGUUGCAGCACAAACAAAAUGAAGAGAAACCAAGGGACAUUGGGUUACAUGAGGUUGUAUUAGUUAUACCGUGGCUUACUAGUGAAGAAGGAGAUCAAAUUUCUCCGGGCAUCAUACCAUUGGCCAUAAAGGAUGUUUUCAGUAUCAUCCAAGAU